AUGGAAUUUGAUAGAGAACUAGACAAGGAACUCAAGUUUAAAACUAGUAAGAAAGUCCCGGUCACUCCUACGUUUGAAGCAAUGGGGUUGAAAGAGUCUCUUCUAAGAGGAAUUUACGGUUAUGGAUUCACAUUACCGUCAGCAAUUCAGUCCAGAGCAAUCACUCAGAUUAUCUCGGGCCGUGAUACAAUUGCACAAGCACAAUCGGGUACAGGUAAGACCGCCACAUUUUCAAUUGGCAUGCUGGAGGUUUUAGAUACUGGGAAUAGGUCCACUCAAGCUAUUGUUUUGUCACCAACUAGAGAGCUUGCUGUACAAAUCCAGAAUGUUAUUCGUGCACUUGGUGACUAUAUGAACAUUAGGGUUCAUGCUUGUGUUGGUGGUAAGAGUGUAGGUGAAGAUGUUAAAGCGCUUACAAAAGGGCAGCAUGUGGUCAGUGGCACCCCAGGUAGAGUCCUUGACAUGAUCAAAAGGCGAAGUAUGACCACUAGGAACGUCAAGGUAUUAAUUUUAGACGAAGCAGAUGAAUUGUUAGGUAAAGGGUUUCAGGACCAGAUAUACGACAUAUAUAGGCAUUUACCGCCUGGAUGCCAAGUUGUUGUUGUCAGUGCAACUUUACCAAAAGAGGUUUUAAAUAUGACUAAAAAGUUCAUGAGUGAUCCGGUCAAGAUUUUGGUCAAACGUGAUGAAAUUACACUAGAAGGUAUCAAACAAUAUUUUGUUCAGGUUGAGAAGGAAGAAUGGAAAUUUGAUACCUUGUGUGAUUUAUAUGACUCUUUAACAAUCACGCAAGCCGUCAUAUUCUGUAACACAAAAAAGAAAGUCGAUUGGUUGGCCUCAGAACUAAAAAAGGCUAAUUUUACUGUUGUGUCUAUGCAUGGUGAUAUGAAGCAAGAAGAAAGAGACAAAAUUAUGAACGAAUUUCGUUUGGGAAACUCACGUGUACUCAUCUCAACCGAUGUUUGGGCCAGAGGUAUUGAUGUUCAACAAGUUUCACUCGUCAUAAAUUAUGACUUGCCCACGGACAGGGAAAACUAUAUUCAUAGAAUUGGUAGAUCGGGACGUUUUGGUCGUAAAGGUGUUGCAAUUAACUUUGUUACAGAGGAAGAUGUUUCGACGCUGCAUGAUAUCGAAAACUACUAUUCCUCUCAAAUUGAAGAAAUGCCUGUUAAUAUUGCUAGCAUCAUGUAA